GGUAUGAAGAAGCUCUUCACCGUCGCCAUCUUGGCGGGCAGCGUUCUGCCCAUGGCCCAGGGCAGCCUGUUCAACCUCAAGUCCAUGGUGGAAGGCAUCACGGGGAGAAACGCCAUCCGGACCUUUGUGGGCUACGGCUGCUACUGCGGGCUGGGGGGACGAGGCCUGCCCAUGGACGGGGUGGACUGGUGCUGCCAUGCCCAUGAUUGCUGCUACCAGAAGCUCUUUGACCUGGGCUGCCACCCCUACAUGGACCAUUAUGAAUACACCAUCGAGAAUAAUACCAUUGUCUGCAGUGAACUCAACCAGACCGAGUGUGAUCAGCAGACAUGUGAAUGUGACAAGAACAUCAGUCAGUGCUUCCAGAAACAGGCGUACAAUGAAGAGUAUCGCAACUACCUCAACAUCUACUGCCAGGGCUCCACGCCCAACUGCAGCAUCUAUGAGCCGCCCCCUGAGGAGAUUGCCUGCAGACACAUCUCCCCAACGUCUGCCGUGCCUCCCUAG